AUGACCAACGAAGUGUGCGCCGAGUUCUGUGCUGACAAUGGCUUCUCCUACGCUGGAACGGAGUGGUUCCACGAAUGCUACUGCGGCAACUCUCUCGCUCCUGGAGGCAUCCUCGCCAACGAGGCCGAUUGCAACACCCCUUGCGCCGGCGACUCCGCCCAGCCAUGUGGUGGCGGCAACAGGCUGACCCUGUAUUUCAACGAGGGCGUCACCGGCCCCGGUGUCAAUCCUGGUGUUGAUGGUUGGGAGUCGAUGGGCUGCUACACCGAGGGCACAACAGGGCGCACCCUGACCCACGGCGUCGGCAGCAUUCCCGGCGCCGAGAUGACCGUGGCUAAAUGUGUAGCGGCUUGCGAGACCGCCGACUUCAUCCUGGCCGGCGUCGAAUACGGAGGCGAAUGCUACUGUGGAAACAGCAUCCAGAACGGCGGCGCACCCUCCGAGAAUGGUUGCAACAUGCUUUGCAAUGGCAACUCGACCGAAUACUGCGGCGGCCCCGGCCAUCUGAACAUCUACAACUUUGAGAACAGUUACGAGCCGCCGUCUGCUACAGCUACAGGUGCUCCUUCUGCGCCUGUUUCUGCGCCUGCUUCUGCUUCUGUUUCUGCUUCUUCCGUCCCCUCUUCCGUCGUCCCCGGCGCGCCGACCGAGGUGGACCCUGAGCAUCCGGAAACCAUCGGAUCCUACAACUGGUACGGGUGUCAGACCGAAGGCACUGGGACCCGUGCCCUGUCCGCCAAAACCUUCGCCGACGACGACAUGACGCUCGCCGCCUGCGAGGCCUUCUGCGACGGAUACACCUUCUUCGGCACCGAGUACGGCCGCGAAUGCUACUGCGGCAACCAGUUCAACACCGGCUCCCAACCGGCCCCGGAGUCCGACUGCAACAUGCCUUGUGGCGGUAGCCCCUUGGAGUUCUGCGGCGCCGGCAACCGACUGUCCGUGUACGCUCUGGAAGGCGCUGCGCCGCAACCCUCCGACUCGCCCAUCCCGUCCCCGUCGGCGCUCCCAUCCGAAUCGGACGUCUCGGCAACCACCACCGGUCCCGCCGUACCGGCCCCAACCGACUAUCCCAGCGGCUGGGAAGAGCACGGCUGCUGGGUCGACGCAGUGGCCGGCCGCAUCCUCGCCCACCAAGGGCCCGACGACCAGACCCUGACGCUGGGGAAGUGCGCCCACUACUGCUACGACCUGGGAUAUCGCCUGGCCGGCGCCCAGUACCACCACCAGUGCUUUUGCGGUAACGAGAUCAUCAACGGCGGCGUUGAGGCUAACAGCGAGUCCGAGUGCAACACGCCCUGCGCUGGCAAUAGUGCCCAGAUGUGUGGCGGCCCUGCCCGCAUGCUGAUUAUUUCCGACGGCCCCCCCGACGCCUUCGCGCCCCCCGAGGCGCAGAAGAGCGGCUUCAACGGCGACUGGACGUACCAGGGCUGCGUGCAGGGCAUCGUAGACGGCGGCGCCCGCACCUUCUUCUGGCAGAACUUCAUGCCGGGCGUCAUGACUGCCAAUACGUGCCUCGACCGCUGCGCCGAGUAUGGCUACAUGGCCGCCGGUCUCGAGUACGGCCAGGAAUGCUACUGCGGUGAUCCGGCCAACAUCGACGUGAUGGGCGCCGCGUUCCGUCCCGAAUCCGAGUGCAACGUCCUCUGCGCCGGCAACCAGUCGUCCAUCUGCGGCGGCGGUUCCCGCAUGUCGACCUAUUUCUGGACCGGCGACCCGCUCUACUCCUGGGACUUCCCCCAGGACAGGACCGAAGCGGGCGAGUACGAGCUCCUCAUCGGAGGCGUGGUGAUCCCGCUGAUCACGAUGGAGUCCAUCACCGGCAAGGUCUCUUUCUUGGAGAAGUGGGGCACGGGUCCCAUCAACUCGACCGGUGCCUACGAGCUCGACCUCUCCCUCGUGCCGGACUUUGACCGGGCCUGGCGUGAGAUGCACGUCCGCACCGACUUGUUCUGCGCCGCGGGCGUGACCCUCCCCGACAAGGCCGGACGCCAGCUGACGGUGGGCGGCUGGUCGGGCGAAUCGACCUACGGCGUCCGGCUGUACUGGCCCGACGGCUCGGCCGGCGUGAACGGCACGAACGACUGGGAGGAGAACGUCAACGUUCUGUCUCUGCAGGACGGGCGGUGGUACCCCACGGCGAUGAUCAUGGCGAACGGGUCCAUCUUCGUCAUCGGCGGCGAGGAAGGGUCGAACGGGGCGCCGGUGCCGACGAUCGAACUGCUGCCCUCGACCGGGACGGCGCCGCUGUACAUGGACUGGCUCGAGCGGACCGACCCCAACAACCUGUACCCGUUCUGCGCGGUGCUGCCGAGCGAGGACAUCUUCGUGGCGUACUGGAACGAGGCGCGCAUCCUCGACAAGACGACGUUCGAGACGCGGACGGAGCUGCCCAACAUCCCCGGCGCGGUCAACAACCCGAUGGGCGGGCGCACGUACCCGCUCGAGGGCACGGGGGUGCUCCUCCCGCAGCACGCGCCGUACGACGAGCCGCUGGGGAUCCUCAUCUGCGGCGGGUCGACGGAGGGCGCCAGCACGGCGCUGGACAACUGCGUGACGAUCUACCCGGAGGCGGACGAGCCGGAGUGGGUGCUGGAGCGGAUGCCGUCGCGGCGCGUCAUCUCGUGCAUGGCGCCGCUGCCGGACGGGACGUACCUGAUCAACAACGGCGCGCAGCAGGGCGUGGCCGGGUUCGGGCUGGCGCAGAACCCCAACCUCAACGCGCUGCUCUACGACCCGACGCGGCCCGUCGGCGCGCGCAUCACGGUCAUGGCCAACACGACGAUCCCGCGCAUGUACCACUCGGAGUCGAUCACGCUCCUCGACGGCCGCGUGCUCGUGUCCGGGUCCGACCCGGACGACGGCGUCCACCCGCAGGAGUACCGCGUCGAGGUGUUCAACCCGCCGUACCUGACGCGCGGCCUCCCGCGGCCGACCUUUACGCUGGAGAACACGGAUUGGGAGUACGGCGAGGCGGUCAGCUUUACGCUCGGCGGGGUGGCGGUGAAUGGCGACAUUGAGGUGUCGCUGCUGGGCGCGGUGUCGUCGACGCACGGCAACUCGAUGGGCGCAAGGACGAUCUUCCCGGAGGUGACGUGCGAGGGGACGAGCUGUACGGUUGUGGCGCCGCCGACGGCGGGUAUCUGCCCGCCUGGGUGGUACCAGUUCUUUGUUCUUGAUGGCGGCAUCCCGGCGGUGGGCGUGUAUGUGCGGAUUGGUGGCGAUCCGGCCGAGUUGGGUAACUGGCCUAAUGCGCCUGGAUUCGCUCUCCCGGGGGUGUAG